AUGCCCCCGUUAAACGACACCAAAGUAGAAAGAAUAAUGAUGAAGAUGUUGAAUAUCACUCAUAUUCGUACACAUAAAAAAAUUCAUGUUCAACGAGAUAAUACAGCUAUAGAAGUACCAAUAUGUUAUAAAGCUAUGCUUUCUAUGCAUGGAAUAUCUGCGAAACGGCGUCAGAAUAUCCAGCAGCAGUUAACCACUUUUGGACAUGUUAAACACGAUGGGCGAGGUAAACAUUCCAAUCGAAAAAAUCGUCUUCCAGAUGAAAUAUCCACUGUUUUUGACCAUAUUGCUUCGUUUAAAGGUCGAAAGUCACAUUACAGUCUCCAUGACUCCCAAUGUGUAUAUUUACCGGAAGAUCUUAACGUGAAAAAGAUGUGUUUGCAACAAAAUCCUGACAAAAAGGUUUCCUAUGAGACUUACAGAACUAUAUUUGUAACUAAAUUCAGCAUAAGUUUUGGUAUCCACGAACGGAUACCUGCAGUGCCUGCGAUGAGCACAAAGCCAAAAAAAUGA